CCGCGGUGGGCCCUCCACCCGGGGCAAGCGAAGAGCCCCCGAGACGCGGAGGCGCCCCGCCGCCACUCGGCGGCGCUUGUCCGGAGGCCAGCUGCCGGCGCCCGAGGGAAGGGAAAACCUUGCCUUCGAGAACCCCUGCUUCCCAGCGGCCCCCUGACACCGAGGCCUCUCCACGCGCAGGCCCCCCCGCGUUCGCCACUCGCCUGCCAAUCAGAUACGGAUUUCCUCCACUGCCAGCCGACCAAUCACCGCGCGCGGGUGUCCUCUUCGGCUCUUCGGCCCUUCGGCCUUCGGCACAGGGACAUUCGCUGUUCCGCGGCGCGCUGAAGCGUGGUUUUCGUUGGUUUAGUUUCCCCUUUUUUUCAGGCACUUCCGGGUGCUGCGUCACUACGUAAACUCGCGAGUUCCGGAAGCUUGGAGAGCCCAGGUUCUGCUAGGAAAAGCCAAUCUUCCCAGAGAGUGUUUCAGGAACAGUUACUUGGAGCGGGGCGUUUCGCAGACUCCUAAGAGAAUUGGACUACCAUCCACUCCAUUACUCAAGUCAGUUAUUCUUGGCUUACUUCUCACUAAGUCGUGUCCAUUCUUCCACCUCAGAAGCUUUCAAAGGAGGGCCAAAAAAAAGAAUGGAAAGAAAAGAUAGGAAAAGAAAGGAAAGGAGAGAGGGAGGAGAGAGAGAGAAGAAAGAGGAAGAAGUUCCAAAGACCUUCAGAGAAGGCAUGGCUUCCAGAGAUGAGAAUAUGAAGCGGACAAACAGAGUGCUAAGAAUAAGCCAGUUGGACGCACUUGAACUAAACAAGGCCCUGGAGCAACUCGUUUGGUCCCAGUUUACCCAGUGCUUUCAUGGAUUUAAGCCAGGGCUGUUAGCCCGCUUUGAACCAGAGGUGAAAGCAUUCUUGUGGCUUUUCUUGUGGAGAUUCACCGUCUACUCUAAAAGUGCCACCGUGGGACAGUCAGUUUUGAAUAUUCAGUACAGGAACGAUUUUUCCCCAAACCUGAGAUACCAGCCACUGAGCAAAAAUCAAAAGCUCUGGUAUGCCGUCUGUACAAUCGGUGGGAAGUGGUUAGAAGAACGAUGCUACGAUUUGUUUCGAAACCGUCACGUAGCAUCCUUCAGGAAAGCCAAGCAGUGCGUGAAUCUCGUGGUUGGACUCUUGAAGCUGGGCAGGUUGAUUAAUUUCUUGAUUUUCCUUCAAAGGGGCAAGUUCGCAACUUUGACCGAGCGUCUGCUGGGCAUCCGUUCUGUAUUUUGCAGGCCCCAAAAUGUCCGAGAAGUAGGCUUUGAGUAUAUGAAUAGAGAACUCCUCUGGCACAGCUUUGCCGAGUUUCUGAUUUUCCUCUUACCACUUGUCAAUAUCCAGAAGUUGAAAGCCAAGCUCUCUUCGUGGUGUAUCCCUCUGACCAGAGCUCCAAGCAGUGACAGCACACUGGCCACCAGCGGCAGACAGUGUUCUCUGUGUGGGGAGUGGCCCACCAUGCCUCACACCAUAGGCUGCGAGCAUGUUUUCUGUUACUACUGUGUGAAGAGUAGCUUCUUAUUUGAUGUGUCCUUUGCUUGUCCUAAGUGCGGCACAGAGGUCCACAGCCUGCAGCCACUGAAAUCAGGAAUUGAGAUGACGGAAGUGAAUGCCCUUUAGAAGCUAAAAUUGUUUCCUCUGAGGAGAACUGUAUUUUGUCUAAAUCCUUAGCGUGAAUCAUCCUAAGCAUAGUGUUUAGGUAUGUCUCAUGAGGACACGUGCUUCUCAGCCACUGCCCUCUGUUCCUUUCCAGGCACGACUAAAUUCUACUCACACUGGAAACCACAUGAUUCUAAAUAUAUGAUAUAAAUGGUAACAUAUUAUUUUUUUUACUCGUUGCAUUUAAUUUUUAAUGUCAAGAAUAAUGGAUAGUUUUUAUCAAAUGACCACUAAGAAUGCUCCUUCAUUCUGCUACUUCCUGGAAAGAGGUUAGACUCUAAAAAUAAAAGAUUGUGGUGACUCUGAGAUGAGUGGGCAUUUAUUUUCAGAAAUGACACCAUAACAUCAUAAAAUGACAAUAGUAAGACCUGUUGUUUCAAACUUUCAGAUCUGAUGUCUCAAUUGUAAUUUUAAGCUUUUCUCUGAAGCCAGCUUUUAAAGGAUUCAGUCAGCUUCAUUCUCAGGCCAAACGACGGCCACCAGAAUCUCAAGACUUCCAUUUUACCAGCUUUCUGAUCCCACUGGCCUGAGAGCUUCUUGCCUAAUAGUUCUGGCAAAGUCCAGGAGCUCACAGUUAUUGGUCAGCCUGGGAGUAUGUGCACAUUCCUAAACCAGGACGGAGAAAUACUGCUCCCGAGCAUUCAAAUGUGGCUGACGUACCCUCACGAACACCCCAUGCACCUAAAGCAGGACAGGAAGCAGUUCACCACAGGUGUUCUUAGGAGAAUGGUGGCCUUCUCUAUCCCGGAGUCUUUAUUUUACCAGUGAUCUACUUUGAUAAGGACAUUAUAAGUAAAUGGUCGUCUUAGAUUGCAGAUUUGAAAGGAUGAAAUAAAGUUAACAAGAUUUUGUUCUA